AUGGGCCUCCAAGGGGUCGAUCCGCUAUGGGACCGCAAUAGAAUGAAUGCAGCCCGCAAAGCCAAGAUCCCAGCUGGAGGAUACACUUGGAGAAUACAUUGUCUGUAUAGACCUGGCGAGGGUCGACCAGGUCAAGUGGAGGGCAAUCGCUGUUCCAUUGAAAUUCCAGUGGGUAUCACGAAAUAUGCUGCCGAUGGCACUGCAGAUGACACUGCAGCUGCGGCAGCCCUUCCAAUAUUUGUCAAACCUGCAGCAAUUUGCUUUUCCGAGGGACCCCUGGAAAGCUACCUGAAGCCAGCCAAACCAGAACUCUUGAUUCUCUUGAAUUUUGUUUCUUUCGACACCGGUCCAACCACGCGCUCUGGUGUAGAUACCCCAUGGGAGCGUAGGAACUUCAAAUAUGCACGGAGUCCUGCAAUCCCCGGUCAGGGUCACCGGAUGCUCUACGACAAACAUCCCGAUCUCAAUUGUUGGUUGGUCAGGAUGACUGCUCCGUUCAAGGUUUUGAUCAUCGGCGGCGGCAUCGCGGGACUGGCGCUGGCCAUCAUGCUCGAAGCAUACGGUUUCGACUACGAGCUGCUCGAAAAGCAUUCAGACGUCGCGCCCAAGUUAGGGGCUGGCGUAGGGUUGACCCCCAAUGGGGCGCGCAUCCUCGACCAAAUCGGCGUUUGGGAUUCGAUGACGCAGCAUGGAUCGCCGGUCAACGCAGGAGCGGCGCUGUCCCCGGACGGUGGCACGGUGAUCUUCAAUCCUAACAUGGGCGAGUGGCUGGAGAAAUUGUUUGGAUACAAGAUCCAUUUUCUGUCGCGCCAUGACUGUCUGAGGAUUCUGUUCAAUAAAAUUCAACGGAAAUCUAAUAUCCACCUGUUGAAAGAAGUGGUCCGUGUUGAACUCGUGGACGGCAAAGCGCAUGUUCAGACGACGGAUGGCGCCGUCUUCACCGGCGACCUCGUUGUGGGAGCGGACGGCGUUCGGAGCAACGUCCGGCGAGAGUUAUGGCGUAUCGCAGAUGCACAGAAGCCCGGCUAUAUCCCCAAGCAUGACCGAUCAAGUAUCAUAUCGAUCUACACGGCCGUCGUAGGGAUCGCUCACAAUUCCGGCCUGCCGCAGGGCGGCUCGCUCCGUGCCUACAACGAGCAACGAUCCUACUUCUUCCAAGAGGGACGCGAGGGCUCAGGAGAGCUCUACUGGUGGCUCUGUGCCAAGAAUCCGAAGACGGAAACUGGCAUCAUUCCUAAGCUUGGAUCCGAGGUAAAGCAAUCUUUGGUGGAGAAGUAUGCGACAGAUCAGAUCGGCCCCGACCUGACUCUGGGGGAUCUGUACAGGCGGUCUAUCUACUCGGCAGCCAUCCCGUUACAGGAGUUUGUUCUUGAAAAAUGCCACUUCAAGAACAUUCUGUUGAUCGGAGACUCAUUUCGCAAGCUUCACCCAGUCGCCGGCCAGGGCGCAAACUCGGCAAUCGAGGAGAGCGCGUUCAUUGCCGACCUUCUGUGGGAGCUACGAAGGCAGGGUGCUUUACAGGAUCCAGCGCGUGUCGAAAAGGCUCUGGCGGAGUUUGAACGCGAAAGAUUCGUCCGACUGACAGCCCUGCGCGAGGAAGCGAAUCUCGUCCAACGGAUGGAGUCGUUCGAUAAUCCCGUUCUUAAGUUCAUGGCCCUGCAUGUCAUCCCCCGACUCAACUUCGUGGUGGCUUUCCUGCCGCAGCUGGGAUCUUCUUUUACCCCUGGUCGCAGUCUCAAAGGUCUACCUGCUCCUAAGGCAGGAUAUUGUCCCUUCCUGCCAGAUAUCCAAGCCCGACCUCGGCCUCGUCCACUUUUCGCCACCCUCGCAUGGAUCUCUCUCCUGGCCUUCGUGGCCUCUCUGUCCUGGUGGAUGUCCAGACUGUUUCCGUCUAACCUCCUCGAUGGAGGGAUGAAUCAGAGUAUCGGAGGAGCUCCCGGUGUCAUACAAAUUUACACCUCUCUGAUCGCCGUCUCAAUUAGCGGGCUGUGGGUCAUCGAAUCCUACAAAGCCCCAUUUCUGAUCUCACCUCUCACCAGUGCCGUGCCGUGGAUUCUGGCCUCGAACCACUGGGGCUGGGAGAUAAUCCUCCCCAUCUACAUCGCCCUGCACAUCGGGUUAAGUCGGACGGUCGCCUACUACCACAUGCCCCAGACGAUGACUGAUCUUGCCGCUGCAAAGGCCUUAGUGCUCUCACUGAUUCUUGUAUACUCAAUCCCAAUGGCCCUGUCGGUGACAAGCACCCAUAACAACGUCCUAGACUCGUGGAAGAUAGCACAUCUCUGCCUUCCCCUUGUCACCUUCCUUACCAGUAAGCUUCUGCGGGCAAUUUCCUCAAUUCCCAAUGGCAUAGAGGCUGUUUUUAGCACCGGGGAUCUUCCUCAUCAGAGAACAUUUUUCGUUACCAUUAGGUUUAUCGCCAGCGCCGCUCAUCUCGCUCUCGCACUCAAAUUUGGAGCUAGAAUUUUUGCACAAGGAACAGGGCUGCUCUCGCUCCCUAUAGUUCACGUCCUGCUUCCACUGACCGCGGCCACAACUUCGUGGUGCCUGUACUACACAUGGGAUCUCGCCAGGAUAAAGGCUCUGGAUACGCCGGUUUCCCACACCUUGGGGUAUAUUCUAGUGAGCACCGUGUUGUGUGGCCCGGCAGCGACUCUGGCUAGUACCUACUCAUGGGGUUCGAUCCAGUUGGCUAAGGCAACCUCAUUUUCAAAACGCGAUGACUCGACAGCCAAAAGAAUCAGGAAGAGGUCGCUCACCAAUAUUACAAGAUUAAAUGAGUGA